AUGUUUGGGAGCCAAGAUCACCCGGCUGGAAACAUCACUGGGUUUAAAGUGGGAAGUUUUGAAGAAGAAAUGGAUCCUGUUCGUUCUUGGGUGCGGAAUGUCGGCGUUAUUGACGCAAACACAGCGGCACAGAGUGGAGUGGCCUUAUCCCGUGCUCACUUUGAAAAGCAACCUCCCUCCAAUCUCCGAAAGUCCAACUUCUUCCAUUUUGUUCUGGCGCUCUAUGACCGCAAUGGGCAGGCCGUGGAAGUGGAGAGGACAGUGUUUGUUGACUUCGUGGAGCAGGACAAGACGGGGGAAAAGACCAAUAAUGGAGCUCACUACAAACUCCAGCUCCUCUACAGUAAUGGUGUCCGCACAGAACAAGACUUUUAUGCACGUCUCAUUGAUUCUGUCACUAAACAGCCCAUAUCGUAUGAGGGACAGAACAAGAAUCCAGAAAUGUGCCGUGUUCUGCUUACUCAUGAGGUCAUGUGCAGUCGCUGCUGUGAGAAAAAAAGCUGCGGCAAUCGUAAUGAGACACCAUCUGACCCUGUCAUCAUUGACAGAUUUUUCUUGAAGUUUUUCCUAAAGUGCAAUCAAAAUUGUCUGAAGACAGCAGGGAACCCCCGAGACAUGAGAAGAUUUCAGGUGGUUCUGUCCACUACAGUCAGUGUGGACGGUCCCGUCCUAGCCAUUUCUGACAACAUGUUUGUGCACAACAACUCCAAACACGGACGCCGCUCUCGUAGAACGGAUUCGAACGAGACGGUGGAGACUUGCAUGGAAUAUGCUACUCCCUGUAUCAAAGCCAUCAGCCCCAGUGAAGGCUGGACUACAGGCGGGGCUAUGGUGAUUGUGAUCGGGGAAAACUUCUUCGACGGUCUGCAGGUGGUGUUCGGGAGCAUGCUAGUGUGGAGCGAGUUAAUCACUCCUCAUGCAAUCCGAGUUCAAACUCCUCCUCGACACAUUCCAGGGAUUGUAGAAGUCACACUGUCUUACAAAUCUAAGCAGUUCUGUAAAGGAGCUCUGGGCCGCUUCAUUUAUACAGCGCUGAAUGAGCCAACUAUUGACUACGGCUUCCAGAGACUUCAAAAGCUGAUUCCUCGACAUCCUGGUGACCCCGAAAAACUGGCAAAGGAAAUGUUACUUAAAAGAGCAGCAGACGUUGUUGAAUCACUCUAUGGAAAUACCAACAGCAAUCAGGACAUGUUGCUGAAACGGGCUGCAGAUAUAGCCGAGGCUUUGUACAGCGUGCCACGACCUCACAGUCAGCUGCAGGCCAUGCCGAGUUCCCCGGUCCAUGGCAGCGUCAUGGGCCUCAGCUCUUAUCCCACACAGCUGACUGUAAGCAUUGGAGAACCUGGGCAAACCAGCAGCCAAGGUUACACCCGCAACCCAAGCGGUUUGUCCCCACGGGGCUACCCGUCAGCAUCGACCCCUCAGCAGUCCUGCUAUGGAUCCAGUGGAGGCAUGAAUGUGAGUUACGGGGCAGUGCCCAUGAGCAGUCUGGGUGUUUCAGGGUCACCUGGCUUUAACAGUGCCUCCCCAAACAGCUCUCCUUAUGCUAUCAUGCCCUCUAGCCCCACUGUACCAGGCUCCAGUUCCUCAUCCUCCCUCUUGUGCUUCACAUCUUUCCCAUCCUCGACCAAACAAAAAAGUGCCUUUGCUCCUGUCCUGAGACCACAGGGUUCUCCAUCACCUGUCUGCCAAACCUCAGGAGGCCCCAGCUUUAGAGCAAUGACAGGCCUUGUGGUUCCCCCAAUGUAGAAGAUGAGCCUUUCCAGUCAUAAGCUCUACAGUCUGAACUAGACUGACACCGACGUUGUCUCCGUGAAAAAGAUACAGUUG